AACAUGGAAUCCAAUGAAAGGUUUGAAGACAAAAAGCUAAGGUCAAAAUGUUUACAUUCUAAGGCGCUGUUGAGCACUGGGAGGUGCUGAAAUCCCUUAGUGGCCCUUUCCGCGUGAUUGGUAAACUUGACAGUUACUGACGGGCAUCCAUGGCAACCACGAAACCAAUCUGCCAAGUCCAAUAGAAAAUCAGCAGAGGGGCUGACUGUCUUUUCCCUGUUCAAAAUGUAUCUCGGUUUUAGUUUUUAUACCUCUUGUACUUUCAACCUACGAAGUUCACCAGCCGAUCGCUGCAGUAGCCAGUCAGAGGGCAUAGUUCCUCAGUGUUUUUAACGGUUGAUCUGUUCACUUUAGGAUUGCCUUUUUGCCUGAGAGAGCGAGAGGGAGAGAGGAUAAGCGCGAGAGGGGAGCGUGUGAUAGAGAGAGACGGAGAGGAAACGAGAAGCCUCCAUGUUUCAGCUGCCUAUCUUAAAUUUUAGCCCCCAGCAGGUUGCGGGGGUUUGCGAGACCCUGGAAGAGAGCGGGGACAUUGAGCGCCUAGGUCGCUUCCUCUGGUCUCUGCCCGUUGCCCCGGCAGCCUGCGAAGUCCUCAACAAGAAUGAGUCGGUGCUUAGGGCGCGGGCAAUCGUGGCCUACCACACCGGGAAUUUCCGAGAACUUUACCACAUCCUGGAGAACCACAAGUUCACCAAAGAGUCUCACACUAAACUACAGGCCCUGUGGCUGGAGGCGCAUUACCAAGAAGCAGAGAAGCUGCGGGGCCGCCCGCUAGGGCCUGUGGACAAAUACAGGGUGCGGAAGAAGUUCCCUCUGCCCAGAACGAUAUGGGACGGAGAGCAAAAGACCCACUGCUUCAAGGAGAGAACCCGACAUUUGCUACGCGAAUGGUACUUGCAGGACCCUUACCCGAACCCGAGCAAAAAGAGGGAGCUCGCGCAGGCUACUGGACUUACUCCCACACAGGUCGGAAACUGGUUCAAAAAUCGUAGACAAAGGGAUAGAGCGGCGGCUGCGAAAAAUAGGCUACAGCAAGGGCUGUCCCAAGGCUCGGUUCGGUCUUUGGCUGAUGAUGAUGGAACCGUCGAUCGACUCGGUCCCGCCUCCAGCCCCGAGGCAAGUUUGUCGAGCAAAGCCGCCACCUCGGCUAUCUCUAUCACUUCCAGCGACAGUGAAUGUGACAUCUAAUGGCGCACAAAGCAGUCGAGAGGAGGAAGAGGAUAAAUUGACAGUAUAUAAAUGAAGGAGAUCCUGAAAAACAAUCUAACAUAAAAACAGUCAUAGUGCCUGCGUUUGAAUUGAAAGAAACUGUUCUUCUUUGAUGACUGCCAAAACAUGAGGGUUCUAACGGAAUGCCCUGUCUUAAAGCUAUAGGCUACUUUCAUUUUUUUUUUCGUUUUCCACUAUGGAUGACUGAAGCUAAUGCAAGCUGAAAGAAAAUGUAAAGAAAAAACAUAUUCAUAUUCACGAUCCCUUUUUAGGGAUGACUAAUAAACCAAUGCCUCAAG